AUCCAUUUUUAUCCUUCUUCCAAAACGUUGCACUGUCAGGGCAUCAGACGAUCCACAUGUCGUGCUGGUAAAAGUGUUUUAAUUCUACGUUUUACGCAAAUUACGACCAAAAUUGAAAGUGCUACGAUUCCCAGGAUGGCCAAGUUUGAUUUGACGGCAAAAAAUUGCCAAUAUCUCGACCGGCAUUUGACCUUUCCGUUGCUGGAGUUCCUGCUGCAGAAAAACAUUUAUGAUCAAACGUCGCUGUUGAAGUUUAUUUUGCAAACCGUCAGCAAGACGAACAUGGUGGACUACACCAUGGACAUUCGUGAGCGUUUAAACAUGGGCAACGAGCUACCGGAGGAGUUGUCCAAAAGGAGAUCCAAUGUGUUGGUUAAGUUGAAAGAACUGCAGACGGAAGUGGCUCCACUGAUGAAGUGUAUGGAAGAGCUUAAGAAUCCGGACUCAAUGAAAGAUUCCAAAUCGAUUGUGCAUGCCUUGCAGCAAGAAUUCGAUUUCAAAUAUGACAUCAUUAAGAGUGCCCAAAAGCUGGCCAAAUAUCUGUACGAGUGUGGUAAUUAUCGGGAUUCGAUUUCCUACUUGUACAUAUGUUUGUUGGUCAUGGAGCCAACCGAUAAGAAUUAUUUGAACGUCCUGUGGGGCAAACUUGCCGCCGAAAUACUGACAUUGAACUGGCCAACCGCUUUGGAAGAUUUGACCCGGCUGCGAGAUUUCAUCGAUAAUCAUAAUUUCUCGCCGAUUGAGGUACUGCAGCAGCGCACUUGGUUAAUCCACUGGAGUGUUUUGGUCUUCUUCAAUCAUGCCAAAGGACGUGACUUAAUAAUUGAGAUGUUCUUGUACAAGCCUCUGUAUCUGAAUGCGAUUCAGACAAUGUGUCCGCAUAUUUUGCGCUAUCUGGCCACCGCUGUCAUCAUCAACCGAGGCCGGCGAAACGCUUUGAAGGAUUUGAUCAAGAUUAUUCAACAGGAGUCUUACACUUAUCGUGAUCCAAUUACUGAAUUCCUAGAGCACUUGUAUGUGAACUUCGACUUCGAGGGUGCUCGGAUGAAGCUGCACGAGUGCCAGACGGUAAUUGUUAACGAUUUCUUCAUUAUUGGAUGUUUGCAAGAAUUCAUCGAAAACGCUCGUUUAAUGAUCUUUGAGACGUUCUGUCGUAUCCAUCAGUGUAUUACGAUUGGAAUGUUAGCCGAUAAGUUGAACAUGGAACCAGACGAAGCUGAAUGCUGGAUCGUAAAUCUGAUCCGUAAUGCACGCUUGGAUGCCAAGAUCGAUUCCAAGCUAGGUCAUGUCGUAAUGGGAACACAACCUCUCUCUCCGUAUCAGCAGUUGGUGGAAAAGAUUGACUCACUUUCAGUACGCUCCGAAGCGCUUACCGUUCUGGUGGAGCGCAAGCAAAAAGCUAAAACUCAAGAAUCUGGUGAAGGAAAUUGGAAGUAUUACUAAAUCGAAGCAAGAAGUACAGGUACAAAAGUGAAAGUGAAAUUUUUAAUUCAAUCGUAACCAUCAAACCCGAAGAAAAGCACGGAAAGAGAAGACCAACUUGUUCCCUAUUUACGACAUUCAGGAUAAAACUAUUGCCUACUGCAGUUUAGAUAGAAUGAUACAAUUACUAACCAUAAUCUAUCAUAAAACACGGAAGAAAAACAUAAAUAAACUAAGGAAAGGCAA